GCGAAGCAAGUUUUUCGUUGCAUUGCUAGCAAGGGAUGCAACACAACAUGGGCAAUGCCACGAAACAAAGAACGAAUCCUGGAUCACUUGUCAAAAUGUAGCUGGCUUGAUUCUGACCUGCGGAAAAGAGCAUAUAGUGAGCUCGGGAAGAAUGCAAUUGGUCCUCCUGCACAUAUCCCAUUGGCAGAUGAUGAGACUCGGAAGCCUACCACCGCUGAUGAAGAUGAGGAGCAACCCGAAUCAAGGUCUCGUGCUUCACUGCAGAAGGGUGGGAAGCUCCCGGUCAAAAUGUAUAUUGGAGAGGCGAAGAGAAUCUUGAAGGAGAGUGGCGACUAUGCAAUCAUGAAGUACCUUGUCUGUUGUGGAGUUCCACCAACAGUCGUUGAUUCAGAAGAGUGGAAAGAACUGAUAGCCGUUCUAAACCCAAACUACAUUUCUCCCAGCUCUGCAACUCUUACCUCACGUCUAAUAGUCGACGAGGCUGCUAAAAUUAGCAUGGCUAUUGAACAAUACCUUGGCGCAUCACGGAACUUGACGAUCACAUACGACGGAGGCAAAAUAAGAUGCCUGAAGUCUUUCUACUCUGUCCAUGUCACAACUGCAGAUCGGCGAUGCUUUUGCAUGACAUUGGACGAUGGUUCUCGUCUAUCACACUCAGCAAAUUACAUAGUCAUCCAACAGAUCCGGAUGAUAUUGGCACAUAUGAGUCGCUCAAGCUAUGCAAUGGAGCAUUAUAAUCACAAACGAAUCACUCUUGGAAUCUCCCGUGGGCUGGAAGCCAUUGGUGACACUCGCUUCGGCACUAUUUACUGGGCAGCACUAUCAAUACAACGUGGAUUGCCAGCAUUUCAGGCUGUCGUCGAAGAUACUGAUCUUGGUAUUGACAUUGCAUCUCUUAACGAUCUUUUCGUCCCAGGAGGUGCAAGAUUGAACUUUGAACUGGAGCUCUCCAAGCUUCUUGCUGUUAUCGGGCCUUGGGCCAAAGGCACAAGAUGCCUGGAGGGUGCACAUAUCACACCUGACCAAGUUUAUUUCGUAUUUCUUGGCAUCUUAGCUCAACAUGAAGAAGACUUCCGCAAGAAUGAGUUUCGACUUCGAAAUAACACCAUCGGGAGUAUUCGUCGAAUUGGGAAUGCUAGAUUUGACGAGCUCAUCAACGAGACCCCUCAGAUGCACGAUGUUUACAUAGCCUCAUUUGUCCUAAACCCAAUGUUUCGUAAUGCUCCUGUGUAUAAACAAGCCAAUCCACUCGUCAUAGACCCCAUCCUGAUUAAUCGAAGCAAGGACAACAUCAUCACAUGUGCAUCAAAACCUCCCCCUGAUAUGUCAAAGCGAGCUGCUCUCAGCAUUCAAAAAAUUCUGCAGCGGGAGUAUAGUGAUGUUUAUGAGACAGGCAAAUAUACCGAUCCAAAAGCUGAGAUGCAACAUCGUAACCCUGCACUUGCGCACUUGACUCCUGCAGAAGCGCUCACUCGUCUUCAGAGUCAGCUGAAAGCCUAUUUCCGUGCUGAAGAUCCGUUCAACCGCAAGAUGCGCUCAAAUGAGAGCCCGCGGGAUUACUGGCGAGCACUCCUGAAAUCAGGAGAUGAACUUGCUGAUGUACUUCCGAUUAUUGCAAUCAAAAUGUUCUCUGCGGUUCCUAUUUCUAUGGCAGACGAACGCACUAUGUCCACCAUCACAUGGUUGAACUCUCCUCGUCGCGCUAAUCAAAACCUUGGGACACUUCAAGAUCACAUCAAAAUUCGACAGUGGCAUCGUUACAAACCUGAGGUAUGUGUUUCUGGCUAG